AUGGCCCGCGAGCCACUUCGGCUCGUCUGGAGGCGCCCGGCGCGACAAGAGCCACAGCGACCGGAGCCGCCGCCCAUCAACGAUCCAUCGCCGCCGGCCCUCUGCUGGCGCCCAAAGCCCCUGCCGCCGCCAGAUCUUCCACCGCCACCGGGCUGCUCGGGCCAUUGCAAGUCUCAGCCGCGACCACCCCGGGUAACGAUCCAGCACCAAGAUCACCGUAAGCACGAUCCAUGGCUAGGGCUGCCGCGAGAAAUCCAGGAAUCAGUGCUCGAGAGGCUCCCCCUCUCGUCGCUCAUGACAGGCCGGGCGGUGUCCAGGGCGUGGAAUGCCACGCUGUCCGCCUACUGCCCCCGUGUCCCUGCCACGUUGCUGGUGCUCAGGGCCAGGGGUUCCGUCCAGCUCAUCGCGUAUGACACGCGGGACAGGCGCUGGGCAGGGCUGCCCGAAUCUUGCUCUCUGCCCGAAUCCUCGUGCUUGGUUGGGGCAGCCGGUGGACUCGUGUGCGCGACGACCGACUGCCCGGGCAGGCUGGUGGUAGGUAACCCGUUGACCGGUAUGUGGGAUGAUGUGGUGUUCCCGUUUAGGUGGCACUCCACGGCGGGAAAUCCAAUGCACGCCCUUGCCACGCGACCACGCGGAGGCUACCAGAUCAUCAGCGUCAACGCCCUGGGGGACGGCAAAGUUGUGGUCUACGACGCAGGUCAGUGGUCAACGUGGAAACCGAUCGCUGGUUACAGGCAUGGCGUUCGCGGCGUUGACUUUAUGGUUGGCGGCGACACGCUCUACUACAACAUCCCCCAUUUUCACGGCGGAGUGAUCGAGAUCUGGCUUGUGUCUUACUCCCUGUGCGAUCAGUCAACGACUGUGGCUCGACCAAGGUGGCCCGUUGACAUUCCCAGCUUUGUGGGAGUGGGAGCGAUGGUUUACUGCGGUGGUCAGCUCUUUGUGAUGGACGUGAUAUGCCCGGACAAGGAGUACUUUGGCUGUGUGCUGUUGCUGCUGCCGCCGUACACCGUGGGAGUGUGGCGCUUUGUGCCCGAGAGUAACGAAUGGGUGAUGGAGACCAAGUGCCCGGUGGUGACUAGGGGACGGAGAAAUGGGUUUUGCUGCGAUGGUGGCGACACUUUGUGGGCGGUAUUGCUUAGCGAGGAGGGCAUGGUGGAAAACCUGGUAAGCUAUAGUAUCGGCAAGAAGGAGUGGACUUUUCAUUCGGCUGGUUGUAGUUUUCCAGUGUCUGUUUUUUCGUGUGUUUUUCUGGACACUUCCAAGUAAUAAUG